UUCUCAGAUAGAAGAAGGGCAGGGCGCAGGGCGGCUGGCCCCGCAACAAGACACAGACACCAGUCAGCUACUUCCCUAGCUGAACCCAUCAGCUACCGCAAUCAAUUGAGGUCUUCAGAUGAGAUAAAAGACUUUACUGUUCAUUUAGUUGGUUUGAUUCGCCGUUGGUCGACCAAAAAAAAUUACAACCCGACAAAAUGUCAGACCCAACCGUGGCCGACACUCGCCGGUUGCAUUCCAAGCCCCAGGACCUGACGGACGCUUACGGUCCCCCCAGCAACUUUCUGGAAAUAGACGUUUAUGAUCCACAGACGGUCGGAGUUGGACGGCACCGUUACACAAAUUAUGAAGUUCGCAUGCGGACAAACCUUCCCAUUUUCAAACUGAAGGAUUCUUGUGUGAGAAGAAGAUACAGUGACUUUGAGUGGUUAAAGAACGAGCUGGAAAGAGACAGUAAGAUUGUAGUACCAUCUCUGCCGGGCAAAGCCCUGAAGAGACAGUUGCCAUUCCGCAAUGAUGAGGGCCUUUUUGAGGAGUCCUUCAUUGAGGAGCGGCGAUCGGCCCUGGAGCAGUUCAUCAACAGAAUUGCAGGUCAUCCCCUGGCCCAGAACGAGCGCUGUCUUCACAUGUUCCUGCAAGAGGAAAUCAUUGACCGUAACUACAUUCCUGGAAAAGUACGACACUAGGGUUACUAAAGAAGGUUGGGGUUAAACUGUGGGGUGUAGAUCAGGCUCUUGCCUUUCUUUUCCCUCUUGUCUUCUCUUAAACUCUUUGCUUUAACCUCUAAACUCUGACUCUCUCUCUCGCUCUCUUGCUCUCUCUCCCUCUCUCUCUCUCUCUCUCUCUCUUUCUGUCACUCUGCAUAUACCAUUGUAAAGUUAUAUUCACUUUAUCUUGGAGUUAGAGUACGUUCUUGUACUAUACUAUCAGGACACGUUGAUGAUGUUUCAAACACUACUGUGCAUUUGUUUUAUAAGUGUACAAUAAGGAAAGCAGCCGGCGCUUAGUAACAAUUUUCUGGAAUGAAAAUUAUGUCAGAUACAUUCAGUCUUUCCCUGAUGAGUAUCAUAUAUAAAUAUAUAUGUAAUAUAAUGUGAAUAAAGUAGAAUAAUGUCAAAUGAUGGUGCUAAUGUGUACCAUAAAGAUACAUACAGACUGUAAAUGAGGGUUCUGAUCCUGUUUUGUUCUCUUUUUGUUGUUUUUUUUUUAGGUAUGAAUGAAGUAAGUUUGCUUUAUUUGAUCCUGUCUCUAAGAGCUUUUUGAAAGUUAAAGGUGGUUGCAUGGGCACUGUGAAGACCAAAGCAAAAGUUCACAAAUGCUAAAACAACAAUGUUAAAACCAUAUGUAAAUGAUCCUAGAUAUCUGACCAAAAUAUGUCACAUUAUCUUGUAAAUGUACCGCACAUAGUCCCUGGUUGUCACAUAAAUCGACCAAUUAUUCCCCGAAAAUGUUGCCGUGAUCAUCAUGUGUUGCAAAGGGAGGAACAUUCUGCAAGCCAGUUUUGCAUUGCCCAUAAUCAGGCAUGUAGAGAAAAAAAAUUGCAAAAUUUAAUUUUCAGUUUUUUAUCAGCUGUCUCUCAGAAACUGGCUCACAGAAGUUUCGGAGUCUACCAGUAUCAGGCCAGUGCAAACACAAACCACCACUUGUGUUUUAAGUUAUGUGAACUAUUGUUUACUGGGAAUAAGUACUGUACAUCACCCAUGACUUAUGAACAUUUUUCAAACUAAUCCUGAUAAAUUGUCAUUAUAAACCGCACUAAUCAUUGGCUGCAUGGCACGCUUUCUUUGCAAUAUGUAUGUGUUUCUGUGGUGCUGACAAAUGAUUUUACGUUAGUUCAGUCUGUUGAUUCAGAUCUUUCUUCCCCUCCAAAUUAAGUUUCUUCAGACAUUUGUGUCUGGAAAAACAAAGCAGUUAGUUCUGCAAGUAAAUAUUGAUAUAUUGUGCAUUUUUCUGUUUGAGUUACACCUGUCUCUUUUACUUACAAUGUCUACAGUUCAUUAGACACUUUCUGUCUGUCUAAUGAACUAUAUCACCUAAAGUCACUACCAAAGAUAAAACACAUGGCAUUCCAGGUAAUGCAUGUUGGCCACAUGCAAGUCUUGAAUUAUAUGAAUAGCAUCUAUGUAGGAAAAAAAGCUGCGCUGCAUGAUGCUUAUUGGUGGGUAGUUGGUAACCUGUCAGCUCAGUUCUGACAGCGUCAUGAAAUCUGCAUGCUGUCCUGUGUAAUGUACCAUGUUUAGCUUGUAUUGGAGCUGUCAUCAUUUCUUUUACCUGCCUGUAUGAUUAAAUACGUCAAUCAAAUCAAAGUAUUGUCAGUUUAAACACAGUGCAUUAAUAGAGGCAAAGUAAUGACUUCCUGGCUUGGCUUAAUUUAAAAAUGCAUAUAAAGAAAAAGAGCAGGAGUCAGCAUGUCCAGUUUUAUUCCACUUACAUAAUAUGUCUGGUAUUUUGAAUGAGUGCACAACUGAGUUUUCCAUGAUGGAAAACAAGCGCUUAUUCAAAAUUAUUUGAAAGAGCAGAGUGUUGCAUUUCUGUUCGCCUUUGACUGUAAUGCCCAAGCAACUGCCUCCUCUAAAUGCAUUCCCACGCACAAACUUGAAAAUAAUGGGAAUUUAAUGAUUUGAAAAGUGAAACAGGUGGUCAAAAAGUAGGGGAAAGAUGGAUAUUGAGGCUGAUGUACAAUAUGGACCCACAAUCAUUUCCCGUGUUGUGAUGUUCUCUGUGAAUUGUAUUAUAAUUUUGUGCCAUUAACUUAGUCAGUGCAGCAGUAGAUUCUGAGAUUCACAGCAUUGACCAAAUCCACUUAAAGCUUGAACUUGUCUUUACUUUAUUUCUCAUGUGUGUCUCUUUCUCUCUUUUAUUGCAAAGACAAUACAGACUGCUGCACCUGCCCCAUGUACAUUUAUUUCGACAUCACGUCAUUAUAAAGCUGGUGGAAAUGUCAGAACUGAUAAGUAUCAACGAUGUAGGAAAAACACAACUAUUGCUCCUGGACAAAAACUUAGAGAUCUAAUGUAUAAAUUGUUUGAUGUUGUGUCUUUAUUCAGUCAUUCCACAUACAGUAUGUACAUUAUUUUUGAUUUAGUAAUCAGUGAAAAAGAAACCCUGUUCCAUAUGUCCUUUUGUCAUAGCUAGAUUUUUUUUACAACUGAUUAUUCUGUUUUUUGAAUGUCUUUUAAAUUUGAUCAAGUUUAAAAUGAGGGUAAUUUCCUGCUUUGAUUAAUGUCUUCUUUUGCUAUAGCGGAGAUGUGAUUUUGAUGAUAACCUCCCAAAGUCGAGCAACAUGUAGCACCAUGAAAAAGACAGCGACAUUUCGUUCCAGUCAGUACGUUUUCCCCUGCAUUUUAUAAUCUGAUUUUAAGACGGGAUCGUUUCAUUAUUAAUUGUUUUAACUCUGCUGUCUUAGUUCCAUCAUCAUGCAUACACUUUGGCUGUGUGUUGUCAAAUCAGCUAUUGGGAAUGUUAAGUUAGGUAAAUAACCAUAUCUAAGCACUGUGACAAGAGGUUCAUUAUAUGAACAAUAUUUCAUUGUUUAAAGGCGUAAUCAGCAUCUGGUUUAUUGAUCUGAAAUAAGGCUUAUUCUGCGCUUAUUUUCAGCCGGUUUAUUCUUUCUAUCAAUAUUAUUGUGAGGUGUAUUAAUACAUGUUAUCAUUGCAGUUCCACUAUGGGUGAUGAGGAACUUCCUUGUUAAUUCUGUCCACCAAUUAAAUUUCCUGCUGCCUGCUGUU